AUGGAAACCUACUUGAACAGGCUGCGACGUGCUACACACCAUGCAGGAAAAUGUUUAGAACUCCACUGGCUGCGUCAGUACGCACCAGGACUUCCACUGGCUACAACAUGCUAUGCACCAGGACUUCCACUGGCUACAACAUGCUAUGCACCAGGACUUCCACUGGCUACAACAUGCUAUGCACCAGGACUUCCACUGGCUGCAACGUGCUAUGCACCAGGACUUCCACUGGCUGCAACGUGCUAUGCACCAGGACUUCCACUGGCUGCAACGUGCUAUGCACCAGGACUUCCACUGGCUGCAACAUGCUAUGCACCAGGACUUCCACUGGCUGCAACAUGCUAUGCACCAGGACUUCCACUGGCUACAACAUGCUAUGCACCAGGACUUCCACUGGCUGCAACGUGCUAUGCACCAGGACUUCCACUGGCUGCAACGUGCUAUGCACCAGGACUUCCACUGGCUGCAACAUGCUAUGCACCAGGACUUCCACUGGCUGCAACAUGCUAUGCACCAGGACUUCCACUGGCUGCAACGUGCUAUGCACCAGGACUUCCACUGGCUGCAACGUGCUAUGCACCAGGACUUCCACUGGCUGCAACAUGCUAUGCACCAGGACUUCCACUGGCUGCAACAUGCUAUGCACCAGGACUUCCACUGGAUGCAACGUGCUGUGCACCAGAAACACCCUGA